AUGGCCGGCAUAUUUCUGUACUGGUUGCUGCUUAUAUGUCUGACGAUUAUCGAUCGACCAGUCAGCAGUACUCCUGAUGAUCCUCGACUAACAUUCGAGCAACUUUAUCUGUACGGGAAAUGGGAGUACACCGAUAAGAAUUGGCCGGAUUGUGUGGCAUUUAUGAGGAGAGCACUUGAAGAUUUCCAGUAUUUCGAGGAUGAGUUGGUGUGGUGUCGGAAGAAAUGUGCUGAUCAGGUGGAGAUGCCAGACAGCGAUCAUUGUCCCAAAAACAUGCACAAUCGGAGCGAGCCCUUUGUCUGCUGCGAUGUAAACGAGAACGGCUUACCGAAAAUGAACACCUAUUACGACUUUGUUGAAAGGAAACCGUAUCAGUACAUUCAUAUCUGUUACUGGAAGCAAUGUCGAAUUGAGGCAAGCGUUGCAGCGGUACACUUUUCUGCCGUGCAGAACCCUCGAGCGAGAGCACUUAGACCGGGCUCGAUUUACAUGCCAGCAAGCGGAUUACAAACGACGAUUAUGCUGUCGAUCUCUUUCGCGACAUAUGAGAAGUACUUCAUGUCUGGUGUAGAAGCUUACAACAAUGAGGAUUGGAAUCGAUGCGUUGACGAUCUUGAGAUGUCAUUGGAGAAAACUGCGGAAGAAGAUUCGAGAUGUAGACUUCUUUGUGAAGACAAAAUCGAUUGGAGUUCUAUUGUAGGAAAUCCCGAAAUAGACGUACUCGUGACAAGCAUGCAAGCGUCCGUGAUUCGAUGCCAACACAAUUGUCUUUAUCGAUUAGCACUGAUCAAUGGUUUCAAUGUUGGAGAGUUGCCAGCAGCACAUUACGAAUAUCUACAUUACUGCUACUUCAAACUAAUGCGAGGCAGAGAUGCGGCUCAAGCUGUGUCGAAUUAUCUCCUGUUUGACGAUAAUCCUUUGAUGCGACGAAACAAAUACUUUUAUCUGAAGCAGUAUGAAAAGCCGGAGCUCUUUGUUCCAGACCAGAAAACGAUCGAUAUCUAUACAAAGCGCACCCUGGAAGCUCGCUAUCUGACGUUUAUCGAUGACAAAUUCAAAUUCAUCAAUAACGAAUUCCCAGCCGAGCGUCGAGACGACCGAGUGAAGUUCGACACCUCAGUUCCCCUCGAGGACCCCUUCGACUACAACGCUGUUACAAAGCUGUUGACCGAUGCGGAAUGCAAAACCAUUCGUUCGGCGUUCCCAGUGGCCCAUUCAGACCAGCUGCUCUCGGAGCUGGAGUUGAGAGUGAAGCAGCUUUGGCCAACUGCCAAAUUUGAGUCGCGCUCAUGUGGUGGCGAAUCACGGCAAGCCAAAUGCUCUCGGCCAAUUGUACUCUCCAUUGAUGUCGCGGAUUGUUCAGAAUGGCUUGGCGCUAUGCAUACCGGUUGUGUUGUUGUGUUUUGUGCCUAA